UCCUCUAGACGGAAAAAAUUUCUCACUUACUCAUCCACGCGCAUAAUAAAAGUAACUUUCCUCUCCAUUUUGUCAUAUAUAUUUUUAUUCCAAAUUCACACGGUGCGUGCAAAACAACAAUAAGAACCGAAGGAAAAAUAAAAAUAUUACAAAUAAAAAAAAAGAAAAGAAUCAAAAUGCGCAAAUCCAUCAUUUCAUUAUCGUCUAACUGAGUAUACUUUCGCAUCAUUUUUCAUCCCGUUAUCACACGGUAAUAUCUAUCUUUUCCUCGAAAAAAGAAAUGUCCUUUUCUUUUUCACGACUUUGAACAGCCUUUGCGUUAUAGCUACGUACCUCUCGGAAAAAAGGUGUCACGGUUGAACGGACGAACGUAAAAUAAUAAAAAAAAUUCCACAUACUUCAAAUUAAACGAGAAAAAGAGUGAAAACGGGUCACAUAAUUUUCUGAACAACUCCAGAGGAAUGUAAGUGAAAAAAAGAAAAAAUUAUGUAAAAAAGUGGAUAAUUUUCACUUCACUUUUGAAAGUGAAUAAUACAAUAAUUUUGUGCAAGUCCUUGAAGGGCACAAAACGAGGGCAGUGUGAAAUUAGAGUCGUCUUGAAAUGUAACGAGAAAAGAAAAGAAAGAAAAUGCAGUGAAUGUUCGAUGGAAAAGACAUCAAGCAUCAAUUCGAUGCCAACAAAAAGUUCACUCGAGGAAAUAUUGAAAUUACCUAAUUGUCCUUAAUUUUUUGAAUGCACUCUUAUGUGAGUGUGUCUAGUGUCUAAAUGUGAAUGUGGUUGUGUGUGAAUUGUGUGCUUAUGUGUGUUUAUAAUAUACAAGGAUGUCAACUCUCUAGUGCUUGAUCACUGUCCCACAUUGUCGGUCCUGUCGCAUUAACGAGCGUACUGUUGCUGGCACAAAUUAAAUGGGUCAGUUUAAGUGCGGUUAGUGAAAUUAUUUUUCCAUGUGAUAUCCUGCUGAUGCUCUACACUAUACGACACACCACAUAUACAACUGAUACGGUUAAGGAUAACAACGUUAAUCUUCUGUGGCUAUGGCAUCAAGUGGCUUUCCACACUAAACCACACCAACAUAUACACACACAUAAAAAACGACGACGAGUACCUUCAUCAUCAGGAGGAGUCCUUUUUCUCCUAAAUUUCUAUCUGCAUACCGAUCAAGGAUUUUUACAAGUGGAUUGUUCUUCAAGCAGCAAACUUUAGGACAUCAGUUGAGAGUUAAAUAAAGUUGAGCUUAAGAAAAAAUUAAGAAAAAAAAAACAGUUCCCAGAAAGGACGAAUUAGAAAACCUUAAAAAUAGUAUCUAUCUAUAUAUUCAAGAGUUUAACGGUGAUAAUACACGUUUCUGUGUGCAAUCAACCCUUUAAAGUAUAAGCAAAAGAGGAAAAGGAUAGACAAGUUGAGCGAGUGCAGUGUGGCAAGUGGGUGGUGGCAAAAAGGAUAUAAUAUCUACCCUACCCUACCCUUCAGCGUUCAACGCUCAACUUUCAGUUUAGAAUAUCCUUUUAUCCUUUCGUGUGUUUCUUCCAUUUUCUUAUUUUUGUGUGUGUUUUUUUUUAUGGAAAAUAUUUAAAAUGUGUGUCGAGUGAUACGUCAUUUUGAAAUCACACUCAUUGUGCCCCGUUCCUUUGGCGGGGCUAUUAUUUUGCUAUAGCCUAUAAAGCAAUGCUAUAUGGCUCUUUGUGUUUGCGAGUGUAGUAAUUAUAAUACAUUUUUAUAUCUAUGUGAGUGUGUGUGAAAUCGAAAUAAAAUUUAUUUGACAUACAGAGUGCAUCAUUUUGCAGCAUCAGAAAUCACAUAAAAGGCCAUUGAUGGUGGAAAUUUUUGUGAGCCUCACAAACGAGAAUGAUUCACAUUCAUGGAAUAAUUCAGAGAUAAACUGAAAUGAUUCAUCUAUCGCACAGCAAUAAACAUAAACACAAUUUCCAUGCCUAACAUUAAUUCAAGAAGGACGACAUCGCCAUUGCAACAUGUUAAGAGUUCUGGGCCUGUUCUUUGCAUGCACUGUAAUCAUGAUGUUCACACCACUUGUAAGAUGCAAGAGAAAAGAAAUGCCAGCUGGUCGUUUGGAAAAUGUUACACAAACUAUAUCAAAAAUUUUAGAAGGUUAUGACAUAAGAUUGCGACCGAAUUUUGGUGGAGACCCACUUCAUGUGGGCAUGGACCUGACCAUAGCCAGUUUUGAUGCAAUUUCUGAAGUGAAUAUGGAUUACACAAUCACAAUGUACUUGAAUCAAUACUGGAGGGAUGAGCGUUUAGCGUUCAACGCCUAUGGCCCGUACUACGACGAUGACGCCGACGAUGAUGGUGUAAACGAUGUUCUGACGUUGUCAGGUGAUUUUGCUGAGAAAAUUUGGGUGCCGGAUACGUUUUUUGCAAACGACAAGAACAGCUUCCUGCACGAUGUAACAGAACGCAAUAAACUUGUGCGUUUGGGCGGAGAUGGUGCUGUGACAUAUGGAAUGAGAUUUACUACAACUCUGGCUUGUAUGAUGGACUUGCACUAUUAUCCAUUGGAUUCACAGAACUGCACUGUAGAGAUCGAAAGUUAUGGAUACACUGUAACGGAUGUAGUAAUGUACUGGAAACCAACUCCAGUGCGUGGUGUUGAAGAUGCCGAACUGCCACAAUUUACAAUAAUCGGCUAUGAAACUAAUGACAGAAAAGAGAAACUAGCAACUGGUAUUUAUCAAAGGCUAUCGUUAUCAUUUAAGUUGCAACGGAACAUUGGAUACUUUGUGUUCCAAACAUAUUUACCCAGCAUACUGAUUGUGAUGUUAUCCUGGGUGUCAUUUUGGAUAAACCAUGAGGCAACUAGUGCGAGAGUUGCUUUAGGCAUCACAACUGUUCUUACAAUGACCACUAUUAGUACCGGUGUGCGAAGUUCCUUGCCAAGGAUAUCCUAUGUUAAAGCCAUUGAUAUUUAUUUGGUUAUGUGUUUUGUGUUUGUUUUUGCAGCAUUAUUAGAAUAUGCAGCAGUUAAUUACACAUAUUGGGGAAAAAGAGCGAAAAAGAAACUUAAGAAAGUUAAAGAAAAUGACAAGAAAACUGGUAAAGGCGAUAAAUCCGAAACGUGUUCAACUACUGAGGAUAUCAUUGAGUUGCAAGAUGUUCGAAUGAGUCCUAUUCCAUCGCUGAGAAAGGGCAACUACAAUAAUACAAUUGGAUCAAUAGGAUCUGAAACAUUAGAUUUGGCUAAAUUUCCACCUAGUUUUAGAAUUGCUAGAAAUUACGGAACGAAUCGAAAUAAUUUACGAUAUAGAGGGAGCAGAGCGCCUGGUAACCAAAAACCUCGAAUGCUCCACGCUCUCAAAAAGGGUGCUUCUGCAUUAAAAGCAUCAAUACCAAAAAUCAAAGAUGUCAAUAUUAUUGAUAAAUAUUCCCGCAUGGUGUUCCCGGUUAGCUUUUUAGCCUUUAACCUUGGCUAUUGGCUGUUCUACAUUUUAGAAUGAUAGCAGUUGUCAACACUUCACGCAAAAUAGCUCAGUGGUGUGUAGUGUUAGAAUUUUCCAAUUAAAAUAAUAAUAAUCAAUCAAAAAAAAUACACAAAAAAAGUAAUACAAAAAAAAUAAAUUAACAUCCUCAAAAUGAAAAGAGUGAACUUAACCCGAAACUUGAAACAAACCCGUAAAAUUGAAAAAAUAUAAACACAAUAUUGGGUUUUCACAGAAAAACCACGUAACAACACAAAAUCAAAAUUCGUACAAAGAACCAAUUAACAAAAUAAUAAGAAAUGGCUUGAUAAGAUAUCAAUUGAGAACAACAACAAAAAUAUGAUAAAAAUUACUUAUUAAAAUGACCUUAAAAAUAUAUUAAAAUAUUUCCUUUUUAAAGAUAGGGAACUUUUGAUCAAAGAAAAAAAUAUUUAAAUUCCAUAUCAAAAACUGAAAUCAAAUUGAAUCUCAAAAAA